GAGGCUAUGUCGCCAUCAUGUGAAUAUUGCUAGAAUUGAAUUUUCAUGCAGCAUGUUUCGUUUAAACAAAUAUUUUGCAGUGUUUGUUACAUAAGGUUGUGUAUAAUCGCAAGAAUAAAGUAUCGACCCGAAUGCACUGCAUGGUUACUCGAUUGUAGCCCACUUAUUGUCCAUAUUAUUCAAAACGUGAUCACGAAAAAAAACCUUUCGCGUUGUAACUUCUAAUCCAAAGUAGCUAGACCUACAUCGCGUUUCCUCGAAUCGUGAAUAUGGUUCUCAUUGAAAACAUCGAAGCACUGAAACUAUGGCUUACGAGAGCGCUGACACCCAUGACCGAUGCAGAUCCUGCUGCUUUGGCGAAAUACGUAGUUGCAUUGGUCAAGAAAGACAAGCCAGAGCAAGAGUUGAAGAACAUUUGUAACGAUCAGCUUGAUGUCUUCCUACAAAAAGAAACUGGGAAAUUUGUUGAUAUGCUAUUUGAGUCAUUAAAAACCAAAACGUACAUUGUAAAAGUAGAAGAAAGUAAUGGACUCCAGGCUUUAUCACAGUCAGAAGAAAGAAAUGUCAUUGUGAAGCAAGAGGAAAAGAUUGAUAUUAAGAAAGAGUCGGAUGAGGAGAAUAGGAAACCACCAACAGAAACAAGGCCUCGAAGUCCAACCAUUUCCGUGCGAAGAAGCAGCCCUGGUAGAAGAAGUCCACUAAGGAGAAGUCCGGAGAGAAGACGGAGCAGGAGCCCUGGAGGAAGACAGUUUGUUAGAAACAGGGACGACCGAGGAAGGCGGGACUACGAUGACAGGCGCUAUCCCAUUCGACGGCAGGUUGGAAGUCGUUACGACCGUGCCCCGCCCUCAAGGAGGAGGAGAACUCGUAGUCGGUCUCGCAGUCGGUCGCCCGAUCGAUUGAAAGCAAGAGCAGCUAGUCCGCACCCGAAGUCAAAGUCACGGUCAAGGUCACCAAUAGCGGCUGAUGCGAAAUUGCGCAGUCCGCUGCGAUCCCGGGACACGCCCACGCCUCCGCCCCCACCGAUCACGUCUGUCAAUUCUGCAGUAGCACCGCCUCCUCCUGCUGCGCUGGUGAGCGAGGGCAGACGUGUCGGCAAACCCCGAUGUCGAGAUUACGACGAGAAGGGAUUCUGCAUGAGAGGUGACCUGUGUCCAUUUGACCAUGGUCAGGACCCGGUCAUAGUGGAAGACGUAAACCUACAGUCGAUGAUCACGUUUGGUACACCUGUGCCUGGAAUGCCUGGGCCGCCGCAGGGCCCGCCGCCGCAUCAGCCGGGCAUCGGCCCUCCGCCCUCGAUCACGUCUAUGUCCGGCAACCCGAUGCCAAUGUCGCAUCCGCCACCGCCGCCGCACCGUCCGCCCGUGCCCAUCUCACAACACAGCCUGCCGCCGCCGCCACCACGCCUUCCCGUCGAGCCGUACAUCCCCGAGCCGUACAACCCGGAGACGCCGGGAAUCAGCCGGCCGCGCGCGCCGCCACCCCCCAGCAUGCCGCCGCCGCCGCACCGGCCACACGGAGGACCGCCCCCGCCGUUCUGGAACCCUCCGCCGGGAUUCAACCGGCCGGUGCGACAUGCAGCGCCACUGAGGCAGCGCGAGCUCGUCUCGCUCGUCGGCUCCCACUCCGUCGCCCCGACAGGUGCUGAACAUCAGAGGCAGCAACCAGAUGUCGCGUUGGGAAGCAACCGCAUUGUGAUCACGCAGAAGCGUCCGUAUGACGACGUGGACAAGGAUCGCAUUCCGAGCUACAACCCUGAAGAGCCGGCGAAGCGGUCGACCGGAUUUGACUACAGCCGACUGGGUGGGAUCAAAAAGACGUCGGGGUACGAUCCCAACAAUGUCGUGCUUGAAAUCAGGAAAAUUCCACGUGGAUUUAAUAAUAUCGGCAAGAUAAAUGAACACUUUCAGAAGUUUGGAACCAUCACAAAUAUCACGGUGUGCUAUGAAGGCGACGUUGAAGCUGCGUUAGUGCAGUUUCUCACGCAUGCUCAGGCUAAUGCUGCUUACCGGUCACCGGACCCCGUGUUCAACAGCCGGUUUGUGAAAGUCUUUUGGCACAAAGAGGGUGGAUUGCACGAUAAUGUGCCUGCGGCUAAGAAGGCUCCACUGCCAGCCAGAGCACAGCUGUCACUCAACAACAUGCCCAAGGCCGAGGACAAAACAGAGGAGCCGGCCGUCGUGCACAAAACAUCGACGGGGCUGACGAGGACGGUGUACAAUGCUGCGACAGCGCACGCACCGCCGCCCCCGACCGCCAAGACGUCGGCGGAGGCGUCAUCUGCGGCGGCGAUCAAGGAGGAGAUUCUGGAGCAGAUCAACGUCGCGAACAGUGCGGCCGUCGCGCGGUCGAACGCGAAGAAGAAGCAGGAGGAGAAGAUGAAGCAAGGAGCCAAGUUGAAGGCAGACCUGCACAAGCAGCAGCAGCAGCUGCUGGAGAGGCACAUCCAGCAGCAGAAGGUACUUAUAGAGAAACUGGAGAAGAACAAGCAAGUGAACCCGAGCGAGAGAGCCUCCAUCAUGAAGACAUUGAUGUCACUGCAAGACAGCAUAGCAAAGUUAAAAGAGGAGAUCACCAAACCAGAGUUGCAGUCGUUGACAAAAAAGGAGGCACAGAAGGUGUUGCUUGAUGCAGAGUUGGAGGUGAUGACUAAGGAGGCUACUGGAGCUGACAGCUCUGAGCUGAGAAAGCGUCUCGCUGAACUGCGCCACGAGGCAUAUAGUCUCGGCCUUGUGGGAGCCGCGCAGACCUACCGUGGGCGGGGGCGUGGCCGGGGUAGAGGCAGGGGGCGGGGCAUCGGCGAGGGGCGGCGCGGUCGAGGCAGGGGUGUGCGGGGCGGCAGGGGCGCGAUGGGGCAGCACAACACGAUCGACAGGAGGCCGCGACAGCUGAUGGUGCAAGGCUUCUCCCUCGACGAGAAGGAGGAGCUGAUGUCUCACUUUGCAACCUUCGGCGCAGAGUCGACCGAGUUUGACGACAGUGCGGCGCGGCCGUCGCUCGUCGUCGGAUUCAAGCGUCGGCCGGUGGCCGAGUACGCCGCCGGCAAUGCCGCAACGUUCCGGGGCAGGAAGCUGACGAUGGCGUGGCACGCGGCGACGCUGCUUGCGCCGGCAGCAGCGGCGGUGACGUCGCAGCACCAGCAGGACGAGGAGGAGGACCUCGGAGACCUGGAUGCCGCGGAGGCUGCGCUGCUCGCUGAGGGCGAAGAUGACGAAACGGCAGAUGACGACAUCCUCCUUGGUGACGACGAGGACGACGACGACGACGAAUCACGCUCCUGGCGCCGAUGAUCGCCGUGGAAACGCCGCGGAGCAUUCGACAGUGACGUCACGGUCGUCUUCUGAGAGUGCCGGAUGGUGCAGGCGGAGGCUCGCGUGUUUCUAGAACAGUGUCUGUACGCGUGUAUGUAGUAGUAGGUGGGCAGUGGUCAGCACACACUCGAUGCGUGUGUAGUGAUGGAUAGCAGCUGGGAACAAGUGUAAUGACCAGGCCGUGCCUGUCACUGCUAAUUGACACAGACGAGCCAGCGAACAUGAAUUAAUUCACCCUUAUUAGUCCACUGCCCGUGUACAGUUUGUGAUGGUGCAUAAAGAUGUAUUUGAAUGCCCACUCGUUUAUAUGUCGCUUAUCUCGCGUUUAUGUUUUAGUCGUUAGUUUAUGCAAAGUUUGGCCUUCUUUCACUCCGCAUCCUCUCUGUUUUAAAAGCACGGCUUCAAUGAAUUGUACUGUCGUAUAGUUUGAACCUGGUCAGAGAUCCAAAAGGAGUGGUCCUGUCCUCGAUCAGUUUGCCAAGGUGACUGUGCGUGAUGCAUGCAGAGUUGAUGCCCUGUUAACCGGUAACUCCAUGCAAUCGUCGUGAGUUUCAGCUCGUCAUGUGUACUGGUCUCAUUUUCUAGCACCACUCAUUUGAUACUUUCUGCCAAGUCGUCUAUACCGGCAUUUACUGCUGGUAGUGUUUGACCUAAUGUGCCGUGUUUCCGAUUUCUAAUGGCAGUGGCCUGGUGUGCAUCUCGCUACUCUGUCUACGUUAUUAGAGCGAGCUCGUUUGCAGUGCCAGGCAGUAUCAUUAUUGAAAUCAGAAAGUGACAGGCAUCAAUUACAACAUGCACCAUGUCUCUUAUCGUAGAAUAGACAAAUGUAAUGGUUUUAAUGGUUGAAUUAUAAUAUUUUACACUUAAAUCUGUAGGAAUGUGAUGAUGCUGUUAUCCUAGUCUUUGUAUACUAGAGUGGGAGAGAGGAAGGGCAACAGACGUGUGUCUUGAAUUUCUUAUCUUGUUAUCAGGCUGUGACAUUUUCUUUGAUGUUUAAAUGUGGAUGAUUUCUAUGCUGGGGUACCUACUAGUUUUCAAUGCUGAUGAAAUCAAUGUGAUAACUAGCAGAUCUCGAUACAUUUUUAAACCAAGUAGCCAGCGUGUUGUACAUGGUUUGUAACUUAUAUAGAGCUGAUGGUACAGUUGUUUUCUGUUUGAUAAAGCUGAUUAGCAGUAAAAUCUUGGUUUCCAGCCAGAGAAUGCCCAACCCAAUCAAAUCACUUCUGUGUAUCAGUUUUACUGCACCUCUGGUUUCUUCACUUCGUUGACGGUGUUACGGCUACUAGUGUGUACUGAUUCUUCAGGGGUUUUUGUUGAAAUGUAUUUACUUGUGACGGUGAAUAUGUGCAGUACGUUCAUUCACUUUCUCAUACCUCUGUCCCUCUAUCCCUCACUAAUAUGCUACUGUGGGGGUUAAGUAGCUGCAUCAACGUCUGGAUCCCCAAAUUCAUCAUGAACAACUUUGCCUCAUCAAUGUUGAGUGACGGCAGUGUAGCCAGCUGUUUAUGUGCUAAAAAUAGCAUUUGUCACAACUCAUGAACUUGAGGAUACGUGACGUAUUGGGGUCACCAGUUGAAUAGGUGCCGACAGGCUAGAAAACUGAACAGUCAGUGAACGUACUUGCACAAGUGCACCUUCGGAUUUCUUCGUGAUCAAAAAUGUUGCCAGUCAUUUCUAGACAGAGACUUGAUACAGCCGUUGAAGUAAUAUUCUAGUGUUUGCACAUUAUUUGUAGUGCAGCAGCAGUGAGAAGUAUUUUUGCUCUGUAUUGUAUAAUUUUAUUAGUGUGUUACUGUGCAAGUUGGAUGUAUUUCUUGUUGACAUGCAGAUCGUUGUCAAAAUAUUAUGUAUUUUGAAAUGAUGAACAUUAAAAGAUGAGAAAAUACGAAUGAGAAGAGAAAAGAAAGAAAGGAAAAGAUUGAGAGAUUUGAGAAUGAAAAGAUAAAAAAGAUUUGAACAGAAAAAAAAUCUGAUUGGCGAUGAAAAAAAAUAUAACAAGCACAGAACGUGACUGUGCAAAACAAAAA